AUGAACUCUCUGAACAUCCUCUCGUCGCGAGUCAUCGGCCAGGCCACUGCGAGCAAUUCGUCGCGGGGCCGCUCGCAUUCGCAGGGCCACAUCCUCCGGCCGCGAGAUGGCCUGGCCGCCAGCCGAUCCUACAGCGAAGGGAACAUAAACCACACAAAGCAGGCCGAUGGCGCGCCAGACGACUGCGAGGAGCAAGAUACCAACGGCGACGGCCUCUCCCUGCUGGCGCUGGGAGACGCUGACCAGAAACACGGCCUCACGCCGGAGCUGGAGGAGCUGCAGCGGCCGUCGACAGUCGCUCCGGGGACGAUGAUGCUCCCCAUCACCCAACGGUUCUUCGACGCCCUGCUCGAGACGCUAAAGACCAUACUAUCGAUCUUCGCCUCGCCCGCAGUUUACGUCAGUCGCCGGUUCUAUGGCGGCGAUGGCCAGUUCUCGGUCAUGGAGCCGCUCAGGUCUCUGCGUCCCGGCGGCGGCAGGAAGAACGGUCCGCCCAGCAGCACCGACGAGGGCGGAAGCUCUCGUGGGCUGGACAAGGGCGCCUCCAAGAGCCGGUCCAGGGGCUCUCAGAAGCUGCGGAGCUCGCUGUCGAGCGAGUCGCUGUACACCAACACUUCAGAGUCUGAGACCGACCGGUCCCUGGCCGAGCCUGGCGUGCGCAGCCGGCAUUCAAGGCGGAAGUCCAGCCUGGCCACGACCGACAACGACGAAGGAACGCCGAGGCGCUCCAUCAGGAUCAAGAUACAGAACGAGAGCAAGCAGGGCCGCGAGCAGAGGCCGUCAAGGACCAAGCCAUCCCCCCGUCGUGGUGACAUGGACGGCAACCCGGUGGCCGACAGCCUGAAGUCGCCAGUCUCUCCCGCUGCCCGGAAGCUGACAAGAUACCCCCAUGCGCCCACCCCCCCCAGGCCGUUGGUCCCGCGCCGCCAGCCGUCCUAUCUGUUCGGCGCACCUCCUCCCCGGCCCCCGCAGAAGACGCUCAUCCUCGAUCUCGACGAAACUCUCAUCCACUCUCUCUCCAAGGGCGGCCGCAUGUCGAGCGGACACAUGGUCGAGGUAAAGCUCUCCAUGCCGAUGGCAUCUGCGGCCGGGCCAGGAGCGUCUCCCGCCAUCCUGGGCCCCCAGCACCCUAUCCUAUACUACGUCCACAAACGCCCUCACUGCGAUGCGUUCCUGCGCAAGGUCUGCCAGUGGUACAAACUGGUCAUCUUCACCGCCAGCGUGCAAGAAUACGCCGACCCUGUCAUCGACUGGCUGGAGCAGGAACGCAAAUUCUUCCACAGCAGAUACUAUCGCCAGCACUGCACCGUACGGAACGGCGCAUAUAUCAAGGAUCUCAGCUCGGUCGAGCCAGAUCUAAGUAAAGUUAUGAUUUUGGAUAAUAGUCCAAUGAGUUAUAUAUUUCACGAAGAUAAUGCAAUCCCUAUCGAAGGCUGGAUCAAUGACCCGACCGACAACGACCUCCUCCAUCUCAUCCCUAUCCUCGAGGCGAUGCAGCAUGUAACUGAUGUCCGCGCCCUGCUUGCACUCCGACGAGGCGAAGCUGGCAGUUAG